CUGGAAAUCAUGGGUAAAGCAGUAGCCUUUCUGUUAAGAAACUUUAAAGAUAUUGAUAUUUAGGGUACUGUCUUUAAAAUGUAUAUUGUGUCACAAGAGUUUAAAUAUCCCGACAUUGGGAGAGUUUGGUCACAUUAAAACUGAGGACGGGGUACCCCUGACGGGUAACAAUGCAUCCCUCAGUCUAUUGUCUUCUUUGUGUCUACUUAGUGUCUGCUAUAUCAAUAGAUGAUAGUUAUGUUUAUGAAGAGCAAGUAAAGAUCUAUGAUAUCAGACGAUUUCGCCGAGACAUGGUUCAAUUUCCAGUCGAAAAAGAAGUUCGAUUUACUUUCAAACACCAAAGACACUAUUUACGGUUAAAAAGAAAUUGGGACAUAGAUAUAAAAAGACCUGUAUAUGUUUUGAGGAAUGGCAAAGUGGAACAGCAGACGGUUCCGAAUAGGAAGACCACCAUAUUUUACCAAGACAUAACAAAGAAGGCAGCGAUUGCAUUAACCUGUAGAAGGAAAAAAAUGGGAAGAUGCCAGCACUCUUUGAAAGGAACUCUGAUUAUUAACGGUACCUACCAUGCAAUAGAGCCUCUAGAGGUGCCGCAUCACAGAAAUAUUCUACACAGAAUCUAUCAACCACCUGAAACAGUAGAUUUCAAAUCGGAUUUCAUUUAUACAGAGGGAGGUAAGCGACCAAGAAUGUAUAAUCAUACUGAAAAUCAGCGCUCUAAGCGUUACGUUGGCGAACUGAAAGUCGAGCUUUUUGUUGUGACGGACUUUCCCAUUUAUAAUUUCUGGUAUCAGAGAAGCACUAAAACCACAGUCGCUGAAAAGGACUUCGACGCAAAAGGAAAAAUCCGAGAGUUUUAUGCCUUUACAAUCAAUGCUAUUGAUCUGAGGUACCAGUCCAUAACAGGUGUGACGUUUACCAUUAAAGUGGUAUACGCCGGGAUCUUAAUUGCUGAUGAUCCAAGUUCCUCUACAUGGACAGAGUCGGUUAAGAUUAGCGCUCCGAGUCGAGACCAGGUAGACUCGAGUAACGCCCUCAACAACUUCCGGACCUGGAUUUCAAGUGCUUCCGGACUCCCAGGAUAUGACCAUGCUAUGCUUUUCACGGGGUAUGAUCUGACAAGUGGGGGAAGCAGCAGUAAUGCUGGUUUAGCUUGGCUUAGUGCUACGUGUACAGCUAGUAGCAACUCAAUCGUAGAGGACCAUUUUGAUGCAAUUAUUGCAACUGUCGCAGCUCACGAAUUAGGCCACAAUUUGGGGGCCGCUCAUGACGGUGAUGGGAACUCUUGUUUAGCAGACGACAAGUACACCAUGUCUCCUAGCAGUGGCGGUGUCACUGAUUCACGUGCCAUUAACCAUUGGUCAUUUUCUUCUUGUUCCGUCAGUUACUUUGAACAGUACAUUGCAGAUCUUGACACGGGUGGUAACAAUUGUAUGUCAUCCCUUACUGCUAGUCACAACCCAACAGCCAUUGACAGUUACCUGACAACUCUUGCUGGCCAAGUUUAUUCAAUUGAUGAGCAGUGCAGGAUAAAGAAGGACAAUUCCAGCUCAUUUUUCUGCAGGAAUUUCAUAUCGGAUCCCUCAGCUGUGUGUGCCUUUAUGUACUGCUCUAUUCCUGACGGAAGUGGAUAUUGUUCUACUGCAGUACCAUGGGAAGGUACCUCAUGUGGAAACCAAAAGUGGUGCAUUGCUGGACAGUGCGUUUCAGACUCGCGGGCAGCAUCUGUUCCCGACACUUGUGUAUUCGGGGAUACCCCAGGGGUGAUUGCUAAUGACAUGGAUUGCGCAACUCUUAUAUCUACUUUCCCGGGAUAUUGUUACCAGUCUUAUUAUCAAGGGAAAUGUUGUGGAUCCUGUGCAGCUACAUACAUUUCGUAUAUUCCAGGAUGCGAAUACGGAGACCACAAUACCGGAUGCGUUGCCUCUUCAUGUUCAUUUUACAGUGCAGCGACAUUGAGCUCUGGCUGUUGUGGCACUUGUUAUACAGGAACAACUCCAGGACCGACAACAACAACAACAGGGAUCACAACAACUGCUGGACUGACAACUACACAAUCAUUAACAACAACUGAUGGACUGACAACAGCACAACAGCAAUCUUCAACAUCUCCAUCCAGUAUUUCUCUUAUAUCAUCCACAACAGCUCCGACGACGCCAUCAUUCUCUACGUACCCGACGUCAUCAACAACAUCAACAAUAAUGACUACGGCUUCUUGUUCCGGGGAUAAUCCACAAAUUACUAUAAGUGGCAACAAUUGUUCAGUUGCAAUUGCAGUUUCACAGCACAACUGUUAUUCAUCGUCAAUUAACACGUACUGUUGUGAAUCGUGUGCAUCUGUUUACACAGGAGUUUCAGGUUGUGAAUAUGGAGACAGAUCAACGUCCUGUGACGUAGCGAGUUGUCCCUAUUACGAUAGCCAUUCCAGGGAUGUCCUCUGCUGCGAUACUUGCGGAAGCAUAACAACCGCCUCUCCCGGAUCGUGCCCAAACGGAGAUAAUCCAUAUUAUACAGUCAAUGGGAUGAACUGUUCUGCAGCUGCAUUGAGUCAAAAUUGGGUGUGCUAUGAUACAUCUAUUCAUGAAAACUGUUGUGAGUCAUGUCCGACGGUUAACACUGGAAUAACAGGAUGUGAAUUUGGAGACAGAAGCACCGCUUGCGAUGAAGCUAGUUGUCCGUUUUAUGAUCCAACGUCCCGUGAUGUAACGUGUUGUUUAACAUGCAAUCCUCAAACCACAACCCUUCCUCCAACUACCACUUCUCCUUCAACAACGACCACAACCCUUCCUCAAACCACCACUACUCCUACAACAACGACCACAACCCUUCCAAUAACCACCACUACUCCAACUACCACAACGACCACAACCCUUACUCCAACUACCACAAAGACCACAACCCUUACUCCAACUACAACAACGACCACAACCCUUACUCCAACUACCACAACGACCACAACCCUUACUCCAACUACAACAACGACCAUAACCCUUCCAAUAACCACCACUACUCCAACAACAACGGCCACAACCCUUACUCCAACUACCACAACGACCACAACGACCACAACCCUUCCUCCUUCUACCACUACUCCAAUAACAACGACCAUAACCCUUCCUCCAACUACCACUACUCCUACAACAACGACCCCAACCCUUCCUCCUUCUACCACUACUCCAACAACAACGACCACAACCCUUCUUCCAACUACCACAACGACCACAACCCUUCCUCCUUCUACCACUACAUCUUCAACAAUGACAACAACCUUUCCUCCAACUACUCCUACAACAACGACCACAACCCUUCCUCCUUCUACCACUACUCCAACAACAACGACCACAACCCUUCUUCCAACUACCACAACGACCACAACCCUUCCUCCUUCUACCACUACAUCUUCAACAAUGACAACAACCCUUCCUCCAACUACUCCUACAACAACAACCACAACCCUUCCUCCAUCUACAAAUACUCCUACAACAACGACCACAACCCUUCCUCCAAUUACCACAACGACCACAACCCUUCCUCCUUCUACCACUACAUCUUCAACAAUGACAACAACCCUUCCUCCAACUACUCCUACAACAACAACCACAACCCUUCCUCCUUCUACAAAUACUCCUACAACAACGACCACAACCCUUCCUCCUACCACUGCUCCAACAACAACGACCAAAACCCUUCUUCCAACUACCACAACGAUUACAAACCUUCCUCCUUCUACCACUACUCCUACCACAACCCUUCCUUCUACUUCCACUUCAACUACUACAACUCCUUCCCAAGCCACAACAACGACUUCAACUACUACUCUAAAAGACCCAAACGAAGGUCUUGGAAAUAAUCAUUCCUCAAAAAUUGUUCUAUCACACAAAGCUUUUCUAUUUUGCUUUCUGUUCCUUUUAUGUAUCUGUGGAAAAUAAUUUUUUAUCCUUGUUGCUCAGACAUUG